UGUUUACAAUCAAGUGUCAAUAGCACAUCUUACAUUUAGCUGUGUACUUCAUAUCACAGACUCCUGAACCAUAGCCCAUCACAGUUUGAAUAUAAGGAAUCUUUAUAUCCUGUGAAAAUGUAUUUUCAAAGUGAAAGAGCAACAAAGGAUAAUGGCACUUGCAAAGACUCCAUUGAUAUGGAUUUGUUUCUCCAUUGUUCACUUGUUCCUUCAGUUCUUAUCAUUUUAGCAUUGUCCUUUCUUGAAAAACGCACUAGGAAGACCUCAAUAGAUGAUAAAAUACAGCUCCUUGACAGACGAUUUGGAUUUGUCAUACCCCUAGAUCUUAUAGGUACAUUUAAUAACAGAUGGACCUAUGGUUUUGCCUUUGGAGCUAUAGCCAAUAAGGUGAUGUCCCUCUUUUCCGAGGAAUAUUUGCCUGCAGGUGUCCCUACAUGGGCAAGAGCACUCGGCCUUUUGCUCGGAGCCAUAGAAGUUGGUCUGGCCUUCUACCCAAUUUUCGCAUGUCUCACUACAGAUAAUAAAAUUAUUGGAUCGGUUACAGGAUUUUUGUACAGUCUUACUUGGCUUAUAGUCACACUCGUAGACAUUGUGACAUGCCCUCAUGGAGAUAAGAUAGGAGAUUAUGACAAGGUGAUUUUUAAUUGGCCAUGCCUGCUGUGUCUCAGUUUCCUGUUGGGGAGAUUUGUCCAUGUAUUUAUAAAAUCCAUUAGAAUCAUGAUGGGAGCAGAUAUCGCCUGUGAGGAAAAGCGAUUUCUACCAAUACACCAAGCUGAACACGUCAAAAGGCUCUUCAGAAAGCCUGUACAGGUGCAGAAAACCUGGUUUGAAAGAAAAAUCUAUGACUCGGAUCCAUGUUUUAAAUUCCCAAGUAGGAUGAUUGGCACAACUGUCCUAUCCUUGUUCUGUCUCUACGUUUUUAUCACCUUGGAAUUUGGUGCAUUUCACCUUGUUGUACAAGCAUUGAAUAGUUUAGAAGCGAAUAUGGCUCAGCUGGAACCUGAUGUCACAUGGUCAGGAUAUAACCAAACUGUUGCCUCCAUGAAAGAAUUCAAUGGAGCAUUAGAGGGUGUUUGGUUUUUCACAACAUUUUUGGCGGGCUUUAUUACUGUGUCAUAUAUAUUUCACAUAUUGGUCUGCUACAGAAAGCACAUGAAGCGCCUUUGGGUUGGAGAAAAAAGCUUUCUACCUGCAAAGUAUCACAAACCUUCAGCCUCACAAAGUGUGGCUGCAAUUGCAAGAUAUUCUGGCUGGCAAGUUGCUUAUAUUUUAUGGGGGUACCUGAUAAUGCAUAUAGUGCAAACAUUUCUAGGACUGGCUUUUGUGUAUGCAUUAGUUUUCCCAGUAAAACAUGGGAAAGGAAUUGCGAUGUUGCAGGGUUUGGGAUUAUCCAUUCUUACAAUUGCAAUCGUCAUUGCCUUAAUGGUUCUACAAGUUAUUUUGGCUACAACAUUCUUCCUGCAGAAAAAGAUUUAUCCUGAAGAUAAAGGGAAACCAUUGGCUCUGAACAAUAGAAAAGCAUUCCACAACUUUAACUAUUUCUUCUUCUUCUACAAUGUGAUCCUGGGUUUGAGUGCCUGCUUAAUGCGACUAUUCUGUAGCUUGAUUUUGGGAAGCUGGCUGAUUGGAAGAAUUGAUAGAACAAUACUGCAAAGAGGAUACGAAUCAGCUGACAUGGGUUACAACACCUGGAUUGGAAUGAUAUAUGUGGAUCACUAUCACACUAAUCCUUCCCUGCUGUGUUUUUGCAACAUCCUCUUGACAAACAGUGCAGAGAAAAGACUCAGAGAAUCCCAGGAUUACUACAGUUUUUCCAACCCAACAGGGCCACGUAGACCAACUAGAGCCAGGACAAGAUGGCUGCUAUACUAUACACUUCUGAAAAAUCCUAGACUGAUUAUACAGAGGAAAGUCAAAGAACAGGGUGAUGAAGACACAAAGAACAUAGUGAGUCAAAUCAGACUUAUCCAUGCUUCGGUGUUGGAAGCUGAUAUGAGAAACAACCAGGAAGGACCAAUUGAUAUAAAAUGUGUGGAAAUAAAAGAAGGAAGAACAUUAUUUUAUGAUUAAACUCUGGAGCUCUGCAAAGAGAUCAAUAGUUCAAAAAGUCCUCUUAUAUAACAACAUUUUCACAUCAAAAUGAAUAGAAACUCAAGUCAACUGAACCCUGGACUUGGUGCAGUGUAACCAGAAGUUCUUUUAGACCUCUCCUACUCAUGGAAGCUUUUAAUGAAAGACUCAGGUGCCAAGCUGAGCUGAAUUGGUUCAUAACUAAGUCAUGCAUGGUUAGUUAAAUUCUUAAGGAUUAUGAAUGGUCCAAGAAUUAGUGACUACUCCAAUGUGUUAACAUAGGAAUAUUAAUUAUAUAUGGACAACGAGUGGUCAUUGAAAACUAACUUAAGAACCACUUCCCUGAAUACUGGAACACCUAGGCUGCCAUAUGAGAAAGGCUUUGAAAGGUGUGUAUUUACAUGACAUAAACUUUUUAAAAAACAAAGUCAUUAGUUCAUGGAUUCAUGCAUUGUGUACACAAUUGUGCAAUAUUCUAAUGCUUUGUUAAAAGAACGAGCCCCAUGGAAAAAUAAGUAUUUUUUGUAUACAGUGAUGUAAUUUAGCAUCAAAGAAAACUUGGUUUUGUUUCAUUUUGUUCCAAUAAACUUCCUUAUUGGCAAACCUGUA